AUGACAUCAACACCAGUCAACAUGACAUCAACACCAGUCAACAUGACAUCAACACCAGUCAACAUGACAUCCUCACCAGUCCUCAUGACCACACCACCAGUCAACAUGACAUCCUCACCAGUCCUCAUGACCACACCACCAGUCAACAUGACUUCAACACCAGUCCUCAUGACCACACCACCAGUCAACAUGACUUCAACACCAGUCCUCAUGACCACACCACCAGUCAACAUGACUUCAACACCAGUCCUCAUGACCACACCACCAGUUAACAUGACUUCAACACCAGUCCUCAUGACCACACCACCAGUUAACAUAACCUCAACACCAGUCAACACAGCAUCAUCACCAGUAAACAUGACUUCAUCACCAGUCAACAUGACUUCAUCACCAGUCAACAUGACUUCAUCACCAGUCCAUUCAACAUCCAUGUCCAUGACAUCACCAUUAAUCAAUGCAUCUUCAACAGCACCAGUCACAACAAUGUCAUCACCAGGCAAAGCAACUUCCUCUGCAGUAACUGGAACAACAGGAAAACCACUGGAAACAACUAGUGCUCCAGCCAUGCCAACAACGCCUGCCCCAGCCGAAGAGCCAAAAAUAAAGUUGGAAUUUAAGUUGCAGGAAACUUUUACACAAGAGCUUAACAACCAAUCCUCACCAGAGUUUAAGGAUUUAAGUAACAAAGUAGCAACACAGCUUGACGCAGUAUACUCAAAAGGAUUUGGAUCGGCCUUCAAUCGGACUAAAAUCAAUGGUUUCAGUAAAGGAUCCGUUAAGGUCGAUGCUGAGCUGAUAUUCAAUAAAGUAGAAACACUGCCAAAUGCCAGCUCUGCAGCUAACACUUUGAAGACUGCUGCUUCCAGCUCUAAUUUUAGCCUCUCUGUAAACACAUCAUCUAUUACUACAACUGUUGUGCUGCCACAAAAACAAGGCCAAGCCACGGUUGCCCCUACAACACUGAUGAACACAACUCCUACACCAGUCAACAUGACCUCACAACCACUCAACAUGACUUCUCCUAAACUCAAUACAACCUCACCACCUGUCAGUCCAACAUCACUACCAGUCAACAUGACCUCACAACCACUCAACAUGACCUCACCAUUUUCCAACAUGACAGCUACUCCAGUCAUCACAACUUCACAACCACUAAACUCCACUUCAACAACGGUCGACAUGACCUCCUCACCACAACCAAACAUGACCUCCCCACCAAUAAAUGCAACCUCUGUCAGGCCAAUGUCUACUAUGUCACCACCAGUAACUAGAACAACAGGAAAACCACUGGAAACAGCUAGUGCUCCAGCCAUGCCAACAACGCCUGCCCCAGCCGAAGAGCCAAAAAUAAAGUUGGAAUUUAAGUUGCAGGAAACUUUUACACAAGAGCUUAACAACCAAUCCUCACCAGAGUUUAAGGAUUUAAGUAACAAAGUAGCAACACAGCUUGACGCAGUAUACUCAAAAGGAUUUGGAUCGGCCUUCAAUCGGACUAAAAUCAAUGGUUUCAGUAAAGGAUCCGUUAAGGUCGAUGCUGAGCUGAUAUUCAAUAAAGUAGAAACACUGCCAAAUGCCAGCUCUGCAGCUAACACUUUGAAGACUGCUGCUUCCAGCUCUAAUUUUAGCCUCUCUGUAAACACAUCAUCUAUUACUACAACUGUUGUGCUGCCACAAAAACAAGGCCAAGCCACGGUUGCCCCUACAACACUGAUGAACACAACUCCUACACCAGUCAACAUGACCUCACAACCACUCAACAUGACUUCUCCUAAACUCAAUACAACCUCACCACCUGUCAGUCCAACAUCACUACCAGUCAACAUGACCUCACAACCACUCAACAUGACCUCACCAUUUUCCAACAUGACAGCUACUCCAGUCAUCACAACUUCACAACCACUAAACUCCACUUCAACAACGGUCGACAUGACCUCCUCACCACAACCAAACAUGACCUCCCCACCAAUAAAUGCAACCUCUGUCAGGCCAAUGUCUACUAUGUCACCACCAGUAACUAGAACAACAGGAAAACCACUGGAAACAGCUAGUGCUCCAGCCAUGCCAACAACGCCUGCCCCAGCCGAAGAGCCAAAAAUAAAGUUGGAAUUUAAGUUGCAGGAAACUUUUACACAAGAGCUUAACAACCAAUCCUCACCAGAGUUUAAGGAUUUAAGUAACAAAGUAGCAACACAGCUUGACGCAGUAUACUCAAAAGGAUUUGGAUCGGCCUUCAAUCGGACUAAAAUCAAUGGUUUCAGUAAAGGAUCCGUUAAGGUCGAUGCUGAGCUGAUAUUCAAUAAAGUAGAAACACUGCCAAAUGCCAGCUCUGCAGCUAACACUUUGAAGACUGCUGCUUCCAGCUCUAAUUUUAGCCUCUCUGUAAACACAUCAUCGAUCACUGCAACUGUUGUGCUGCCAAAAACUCAGGCUGAAACCACAGUUACCCCUACAGCAAUGGUGAACACAACUCAUACACCAGGUAAUGCAACCGCUCCACCAAUAAAUGGAACAUCAGCAAAGCCAGUUCUCAUUACUAGUGGUCCGGCCAUGACAACAGCUGCAACAUCAACAAGUUCCAUGGUUUCGCUGAAUUUCAAGCUGCAGCAAAACUUUACCUCAGAACUUUCCAACCAAUCGUCACAAGAGUUCAAUCAAUUAAAAGACAAAGUUGAAGAAAGCCUCAAUAACAUCUAUAAAGGAAAAUUUGGGAGCCAGUUUGUUAAAGCCAAGGUCAACUCUUUCAGUCCAGGUUCAGUUGUGGUGAAUUCUGAGCUGAUAUUUAAGAACGCGAGCUCAGUACCGGAAACCAGUUCUGUGGCAAAUGUUCUUGUUGAUGCAGCAUCCAACAACACCAACUUCUCCCUACCAGUUGAUGCAGCAAGUGUUGUUGUAACUAGAACAAGCACAUCAACAGCUGCACCUACAGCUACACCAACAAUGCCUAUCACAUCAGUUGCUGUUAAUGUCACAGCCACUCCAACUGCUGCUCUUAAUGCAACAGCUGGGCCUACCCCUUCAAUGAAUAGUACUGUUGCUCCAUCUGCUGCACCCAAUGCCACAGCUGCUCCCACUGCAGCUCCUAAUGCAACAGCGGCACCCACUGCUGCACAAACAACAAAUGCAGCUGCAUCCAGUGAUACAACCCUGGCUCUUCAGUUUAGUCUCAACCAAACAUUUACAUCAGAUCUCUCCAACUCAUCCUCAACAGCGUUUAAAACUUUGGCCUCAACAGUGGAGACAGAGCUAACCAAAGUGGGUCAAAAGCUUUAUGGCUCAUCCUUUGUCCGUGCAGUGGUCAACUCAUUCAAGAGUGGAUCAGUGGUUGUCAGCUCAUCCCUUGUGUUCACAAAUCAAUCCUCAGUUCCUUCAUCAAGCUCAGCAACCUCACAACUAAGCAAUGAACUAACAAGCAGCUCAACGUUGAGCGUCGUUUCAGGCAGUGUAACUGCAACUUCUUCUUCUGCCUCUUCCACUGCUGCACCAAAUGCUACUGCUGCCCCCACUGCUGCCCAGACUGCAGCUCCCAACAUUACAGCUGCACCGACUGCAGCUCCAAAUGCAACUGCUGCUCCUACUGCAGCUCAAAAUGCAACAGGAGCAACUCCUGCCCCUACUGGGGCUCCCAAUGUUACAGCUGCUCCAACUGCAGCUUCUAAUGCAACAAAGGCACCCACUGCUGCACAAACAACAACUGUAUCCAGUGAUACAACCCUAGCUCUUCAGUUUAGUCUAAACCAAACAUUCACAUCAGAUCUCUCCAACUCAUCCUCAACAGCGUUUAAAACUUUGGCCUCAACAGUGGAGACAGAGCUAACCAAAGUGGGUCAAAAGCUUUAUGGCUCAUCCUUUGUCCGUGCAGUGGUCAACUCAUUCAAGAGUGGAUCAGUGGUUGUCAGCUCCUCCCUUGUGUUCACAAAUCAAUCCUCAGUUCCUUCAUCAAGCUCAGCAACCUCACAACUAAGCAAUGAACUAACAAGCAGCUCAACGUUGAGCGUCGUUUCAGGCAGUGUAACUGCAACUUCUUCUUCUGCCUCUUCCACUGCUGCACCAAAUGCUACUGCUGCCCCCACUGCUGCCCAGACUGCAGCUCCCAACAUUACAGCUGCACCGACUGCAGCUCCAAAUGCAACUGCUGCACCUACUGCAGCUCAAAAUGCAACAGGAGCGCCGACUCCUGCCCCUACUGGGGCUCCCAAUGUUACAGCUGCUCCAACUGCAGCUCCUAAUGCAACAAAGGCACCCACUGCUGCACAAACAACAACUGUAUCCAGUGAUACAACCCUAGCUCUUCAGUUUAGUCUAAACCAAACAUUCACAUCAGAUCUCUCCAACUCAUCCUCAACAGCGUUUAAAACUUUGGCCUCAACAGUGGAGACAGAGCUAACCAAAGUGGGUCAAAAGCUUUAUGGCUCAUCCUUUGUCCGUGCAGUGGUCAACUCAUUCAAGAGUGGAUCAGUGGUUGUCAGCUCAUCCCUUGUGUUCACAAAUCAAUCCUCAGUUCCUUCAUCAAGCUCAGCAACCUCACAACUAAGCAAUGAACUAACAAGCAGCUCAACGUUGAGCGUCGUUUCAGGCAGUGUAACUGCAGGUUCUUCUUCUCCUUCCACUGCUGCCCCUACUGCAGCUCCCACUGCUGCUCCUACAGCUGCUCCCACUGCUGCCCCAACUGCAGCUCCCACUGCUGCCCCUACUGCUGCUCCCACUGCUGCCCCAACUGCAGCUCCCACUGCUGCUCCUACCGCUGCUCCCACCGCUGCUCCCACCGCUGCUCCCACUGCUGCUCCAACUGCUGCCCCUACUGCAGCUGCUACGACUGCCCCAGCAGCAACAACUGCGGCCUCUUCUGCAUCAACAGAUCCUCCUACAUCCAGUGAGGGAACCUUGGGUCUACAGCUGAGUCUCAACCAAACGUUCACAUCAGAUCUCUCCAACUCUUCCUCAACAGCUUUCAAGGCUUUGGCUGCAACAGUGGUCACAGGGGUAAACAAAGCAUGUACGAAGGUCUUUGGAUCAUCUUUCAGACGCUCCAUAGUGGAUUCAUUCACGAGUGGAUCAGUGGUGGUCAAAUCAACCCUUGUGUUCAAGGAUAAAAGCUCAGUUCCCUCAGCAAGCAAUGCAAGCUCACUACUCAGCAGUGAACUUACAGGCAGCAGCACAUCUCUGAAUGUUAUUCCAGGCAGCGUUUCUGCAGAGUCAACAUCAACAUCAAAUAGUCCUAGGCCUACGAUUGGAUCAUUGGUAUUCUUAUUAGCAGCACUGCUGCCUGUAGCACAGAUGCUGAUGGACUUGUAAUUGGUACCCAUAUCACAUUCAUUGGCUUGGCAAUACCUUUAUGAUGUCAUGUGUGGGGGAGGGGGUUGCCAUGUCCAAAGAAGCAAGAGCCAAACAGCGAAGUGUAUACUAUGAAAGUUACCAACACAAUGUCAUGUGGUAAAAAGAUAUGUACUAUUUGACAAAAAGUGAAACAGUUACUGUUAAACAUUCAUCAUGAUGCCAUGGACACAUUCCAUUUGAUUUAAACAAAUAAUCCUUAAAAAUGUAAGAUCACAAAUACUGCUGGAAACUUUUUGUGUUUUGUAGAACUUGUCAAUCAAUGUAUUAAUUUUGUAAAUGCUUCUUUGAUAUAUCUCUCAUUUGGCAUUGUGAGGAAACGCAGUAAAAAAUACUAACUAUUUAUUUUCAGUUAAGAACAUGGUAACAGCAAAACAUAAUUUACACCCAAUGCCGCUGCUCAGUGCGAGUAAAGGAAGAACUGUGCAGUAUCAUGCCACAUUUUUGAGUAAGGGUUGCUUGAGCUUAUAAUUGGAGAAUAAUUUAUUCUAUGUCUGAGACCAACUAUUACAGUCAGUUUUGAAGCAUAUUUAAAGAUCUAUCUUUCUAAACAUAGUCAUGUUGUUUAAUGUAGCUUAGAUAGAUGACAAGCAAUUGAGUGAGUGUAAUAAUACUGUUGAACAAAAUGUUUUCAUGGAACGUCUGAUUUAGUACUCUCAAGUAAAUGAUUUUCAAGGUGGAUUGCUGAAUACUUGUUUAAAGUGUCUACGUACUAUCAUGUCAUUUAAAAACACUAAUUGUUGUUUUAAAUCCCAGUUGAAAUUGAGUACUACUUUUUCAUGUAUGUUG